GGUCUCCAACGUUUCCUUCUGGAUGUUGCAAACUUCGUGACAAACUUAAUAUACCAUAUUCAGGGCAUAAAAAUGUCACCAGCACAAAUUGUUCACUGGGUUAUGCUCACUACUUAAAGUCUAUUAAAAAAGCGCCACCGCAAAGAAUGAUUUCUGUGCAUUUACACUAUGCAACUACAACUAUUAAUACGCAAGCAUGCCUUUGUAUGCACAUACCAACAAACAAUUAUAUUUUCCAAUUCAUAGUAAAAUAAUUCAAAAUCCGAUUCCGAUUGCCGUCGUAAUGAUGAUAGUGGCAGCAACGAUGACUAUAGCAACGGUGGCGGCUACGGCGACGACGACAACAAUGACAAAAGUCACAGCAACGCUCCCGAACGCUAGCGCCCAGAGUAAACACAAAGGCAAAGCAACAGGCAGCCGUGACAGUCGUUAUCAAGCGUUUAACGCGUAAAGAACAUAUGUUUCGUUAAUACGGCGAAGAUUUACGAAAUUGUGAAAAUAUCAAACUCACACAUACUAUAAGUUACGGAAGUGAAAAGUCCUGUAAAAUUCGUUCGUGAAACGUGAGUCGGUAUUUUGGAAAAUUAUUUUGAUAAUCAGGAUGCGUUUCGGAGCUUAAGUGCAGGUAGUCAUAACACUCGUGUAUAUGCUUUAUCUUGAGAACCGUGAUAACCGUAACGACGCGCCCGAAAGACAUUCGCGCAAUCAACUGCCAUUGAUAAGAAAGUCAAAGUUCGUUGUUCAGAAAACUUUUUGAUUACGAAUAUUCGAAAUAAAUUUUGUACGUUUACGAAAUUCACCGUUAUUUUUCUACAUAUGUAUGUGUAAAUAAAUAAGUGUGCUAAAUAUUUUAAAAAGUGUUUUAAAUGAAAAGUGUGUAUGAAAUUUAAUAACAAAACAUCUGUUACUGCCUGCACUGUAUGAUAGUAUAUAUUUAGAUAUAUAUAGAUUGGAUCUCAUUUUACGAUUCGCGUCUGUAUUGCAUUUCCUUUCAAGAAUUUUGAAGAAUUGAAAUUUCAUUAUUUUCUUACAAAACAGCCUGCUUCCCGGUGAGAUUGCAAUAAACGAAAAAAGUGAAGAAUUUGCAACUUCAUUUAACGGUACUAUCGUGGAAAUCGUUUUAUAAACAAUCUAAUAUUAGAUAUUACUAAGCCAGAUUUUUCAAAAUGCCUAAAAAAGCGAGUAGUUUAGGCAAAUGGCACCAAAGUAAUCGCAAAAUUAUUAUUGGACUUUGCGGAUUCUGUUUGGGCCUUUUCGGCGUGUUAUGCGGCAUGUUUUGGGAAAAAAUCUUCAAGAGCAUAAUGGAAAAGGAAAUGACCUUACGACCCGACUCACAGGUUUACGACAAAUGGAAAACUCCACCAAUGGCUUUAAGCUUAGACGUAUACUUCUUUAAUUGGACAAAUCCAGAAGAUUUCAAAAAUCUCAGUACGAAACCCAAUCUUGUGCAGUUGGGUCCAUAUCGGUUUACAGAGAAACAAGAUAAAAUCGAUAUAAAAUGGAAUCCGGAAAACGCCUCAGUCACUUAUAGGAAAAAGAGUGAUUUCUAUUUUGACGAGGAAGGUAGCAAUGGAAGCUUGGAUGAUACGAUAGUUACAUUGAAUGCUGUGGCGUUGUCCGCUGCCGGUAAGGCAAAACGUUGGAACAGCGUGCGCCGCAAUUUAGUCGAUGUGGGUUUGAAGUUAUAUGGUCAGGAGCUGUCUAUAACCCGCACAGUCGAUGAGAUGCUCUUCACGGGCUAUAGCGACGAUAUGUUGGAUAUGGCGCGUGCUAUGCCUCUUUUCGGCAAGGAUGUUGAUGUGCCGUUCGAUAAAUUUGGCUGGUUUUAUACGCGUAAUGGCAGCGCCGAUUUGACCGGUGUCUUCAAUGUUUACACUGGCGCUGAUGACAUUUCGAAAAUCGGACAAAUGCACACAUGGAACUUCAAACAACACACCGGCUUUUUUCCAUCGACUUGUGGUUUAAUUAAUGGCUCAGCAGGUGAAUUCCAUCCACCAUACUUGAAGGAGAAUGGUAAUGUUGCGCUUUUCACGCCCGAUAUGUGUCGUACAGUGCCAUUGGAUUAUACAGCAACUGCAGAGAUUGAAGGCAUUCGUGGUUUCAAGUACAGUGGUGGCGCGCGUUCCAUUGAUAAUGGCACCCUCUAUCCUGAGAAUAGCUGUUUCUGUGGUGGUGAAUGUGUUCCUUCAGGCGUUAUGAAUAUUUCUUCGUGCCGCUUUGGUUCGCCCGUUUUCAUGUCAUACCCACAUUUCUACAAUGCUGAUCCUUAUUAUGGAGAACAAAUCGAUGGCAUGACGCCGGAGCAGGAUAAGCAUGAAUUCUAUAUGGUGUUGGAACCGCGCACAGGUGUUGCUUUGGAGGUAGCCGCGCGUUUCCAAGUCAAUAUGCUUGUUGAGCCGAUUAGUGGUGUAACUUUGUACGAGAAAGUGCCACGCGUGUUCUUUCCACUCAUCUGGUUCGAGCAGAAGGUGCGCAUAACACCCGAACUUGCCGCCGAUUUAAAGAUGUUGCCGCAAAUACUCAUAGGAGGACAAAUAUUCGCUUGCGUCUGCUUUGGCAUUGGUCUUAUACUGCUCUGCUGGUAUCCCAUCGAAAUUCUAUGCACACGUCAGCGUUCUGUCGAUCUCAAAACUAUGCCAACAGCAGUUGAAAAUGGUAAGAAAACAACGAAAUUCUCCAGUGUUGAGGAAUUGAAAAAUCAACCAUUACCUAAUGUUGUUGUAAACAACAAAACGCUCGAUAGUUCGCCUUUAUUGGAUCGUACGAAUGGCAAGCCGAUCAUGGUUGUGCCAAAGUCGGAGACAAAUGAGAGUGUUGCCACUACAACAACAACCACAAAUUGUAGUGGUAUUAGUGACAAUGUAAAGGAAUAAUAUAUUGCGUAUAAAUUCGUAAUACAACUAAUUUUGGAAGUAACCAAAUAUUUGUCCUAUUGUAUGCCUUUUUUAUAAAACGUAGUUAAGUGUAAAUUCGAUUUAGUGUUGUAAGUACAAUUUUUGGCUUAGCAGAGGAAACUGUUACUUUCUUUUGUAUUUUAAAAAUGCCGUUAGUAUAUUAAGUACAUUUAUAUAGCAUACUAUUUACAAAUCAUAAAUAUAAUGCGCCAGUUAAUUAAUUGUAAACUAAAGCGUUGAGUGUGACAGUCAAGUAAUUGGAUCAUAGCACUUGCAAAAUGGUGCUAGUAAAACAGCGUUCAACUAGUAUGGUGAUCGUACUUUCGCGCGUAAAGAGAGAUUUCUGUUUACGCUCUGCUGAGCUAUGCAUGAGUGUCCUACUCAGCCUUAAGGGAAAUUUUCAUGAAUACCCAUAUCGUCGCCUACACUUAAAAGAACAUGAACAAUAAAGAAUUUAAGUACUAGUAUAUAGAUAUUUCCGAUAAAUCAUGGAUUAAUAAAAAAUAAAGUAUAAUAAUGUUAAAGGUUUUAAAUAUUAUAAUAAUAUUAGCAAAUAGUUAGUUUUUAUACACAAAUUACACAACUUAGCAAAAAAACAAAAACAAGAUGUGAUAUACCAAAUGUUCAGAUAAAAGGUGGCCUCAAUCAAAACCAGAUAUUACUUAUCAUAAGUUUUUUAGAAUAUAUAAUGUGACAGAGAAAAACGCAUUGAAAAUUUUUAUCUAAGUAAUUUUGUAUUUUUAUAAAUGAUGAAAUAUUAUUUUUGUGUGCAUAGUUUUACCAAAAUUGUACUACUCAAAAAUAAAACUUGAAGUAAAAAUUCGUUAAAAAAGAAAAUGAGUAAUCUUAACAGAAAAAACAUAAGAGCAUAAAACAUAACACAUAAAGACAAUGCAAGCAAGAAAAUAAUUCAACAUUCCUUAGUUAGUUUGUACUUUCAAGCCAUUUUAAAUAAUACACAUAAACUUGUAUUUAAGAAAUAAUAUGGGUUUUCUAAUCCCGAAUCAUUAUAAAUUAGUUUAAUCGGAUCCAAAACAUCUCAAAAACAAAAUCCCAUCCUAUAUCUUAUGUAUUUGUACGAGUUGAUUUUAUGAAAUUAUCUUCUAUUUACGGUAUUUUUUAAACUAUUUUAUAAGUUAUGUGCUCAUACAUAUUAUUUAAAAUUUCUUUGAAAUAAAAAUUGUAAAAAUAAAACUCAUGACGCAUUUUUCAUAAGCUAUGCACAUAUAGAACACCGCUGUAUUCUACCAUCUUAUCAAAUUUGACCCGGACUGACAAAAAAAUUACAAUUUCACGUAUUUCAAUACAAAUCUUAAUUAGUGUCUUCAAAAUUAGUUUCUGAGCAAUGGGUGGUUGAGCCAAUCUAGAAAUUAAAAUUUUUAUCGUUUCGGUGUGCGCUGUUUAUGGUAUAUGAACCAGUCCGGGUCAAAGAUGACCAGCUGGUAUUUCAAGCGUCGUUGUGAAUUCAUGAUAGUCGUUUUUUCCUUUGAAAAUAUGCCUAACACAUUAAAUGAAUAAAGAGCAAGCUGUAGUCAUCUCCGUUGAAUGAGCGAGGAAGUAAGGUCUCACAGUCAAAAUCAAAAAAGUAAAGUCAAGUGGGUUUAUGCUUUAACCACCAAGCUAAUUAAAUUAAUUGUUGAUACCCAAAUUGUAUUCCGUUGCAUCAACUCACUGUGUUGCAUCAACUCUCAACAUCAGUCUCACUGGGUAGCGAUAUCCGAUGAGCUAUAGAGAAAAAAUAGUAUUAUGUAGCCGGUUGGAAAAUAGGUAAGAAAAAAAUGAAAUUUGAAUCAGGAACUGCCAAGAACGGUGUCUUCAUAGACUUAUCAAGAUUAUUUAAAGGUUGCUUAAAGAAAUGGAAGCAAGAGGAAUCCCUAAAACAUCUUUGGACCAGUAGAAUAUUAGGUAAUGUAGGAAAUGAAAAUCUAUAAAAUGUAAUUUUUUCAUUUCUUUUGGGGUUUAAAAUAAACUAUUUACCGGCGACUAGUUAAGGCUACGAGUACUAAAUUUUGAGUAAAUGUAGAAUCUACUAAUUUUCGUGAAUACAAAUAUGAGUAGAGUUAGACAUUUUCUUAUAUGAUAUAUUAAUUAUACCGUUUUUAAAAUCGAUGAUUCGAAUAUUUCUUAAGUGAAUUAAGAGACUGCAGAAAGUUUUAAGCCAGAGGCAAUAUAAUUUAUUGAGAGAGCACUCUCUCAGAGUGGUAGAUUGCAUAUUUUCGGUUACAACUGGUUAUCAAAAUCAUACUAUUUGGAACCGUUAUGGUAUUUUUACCACAGAAUGCUUAGCGACAGACUUCUGUAGAGGAAUAUCAGGUAAAACUGAUAUGUGAUAUAAUAUAAAAUAUUAAUAAAUAUAGGUCAUAUUAAUAGAGACAGAUACAAAGACUUACAUAAGUAUUUUACAGUGUGUUAAAUGGAACAUUUAUAUUGUUAAAAAAAAAAACAAUUUUACGAGGUUACGGCAAGUUUAAUUUUAGUUGCUAGGUUCUUUUAUUCGCUUAUAAAACAUACCACAUUGAUAAAAAAUUUUAUUUUAGUAUGAAAAUUGCCAUUGCAUACUAAAACAAACAUUGUAUGAUCUAAACAGAUAUUUACAUAUUUUAAUAAAUAUAAAAAAUUUUACUUAAAUUAUAAUCAAUAUUAUUUUUAUCUUCUUGAAUAUAAAACUUUGGCUUAAUUUAAUAUCAUAAAAUUCCUCAAUAAUUUGAAAAAAAAAUCUUGAUGGAAUCCAAUAUACUUUUCUACUGGUUUUAUAUUUCUAUAUUUGUUGAAAAAUUUUUUGAAAUAAAAUAUUUAUACUAAGAAA